UUCAUUUGACGGAUGGAGCUAUCUUACCUGAAGGACAUACAAUUGAUUGCGAGUAUUACAAUCAGACGGAUUGCAAUAUAACUGGGAAUUGUGCCACUCAGGUGAAGCAAUGUAAAGUCGAAUCGGAUAAACUAUCCAAAUGCUUUUCAUUAUGGUCCAUAGAUGACAGAACAGGUGAUACGAAAAUAAUUAUGAAGGGUUGUUUCAUCGACGAUCAAUGUAAAGAAACCGAAUGUGUAAACACUGCCGAACCACGUCCUAAUAAUAUACACUUUUGCUGCUGUAAGGGCUCCAUGUGCAAUACAGAACAAAAGUGGAUACCCACUACAACUGAAGCAACAACGCAAGUGCCAAAGGAGAAAACUUCGGUUAAUUAUAUUAUACUUGGUGCGGGCUUAUUCGGUUUAUUACUCAUAUUAGCAGUAGCAUCUGCGUUUGCAAUACGUUAUCGGAAACGGAAGCAAUCUAAUUUUAAUGAAAUUCCUACGAACGAAACCGAAGUUACGAAUGCAUCGCCCUUAUUAAGUAAUCGCCCUAUCCAACUUCUUGAACUAAAAGCUAGUGGACGAUUUGGUGACGUAUGGCAUGCUAAACUACAUGGUCAGGAUGUAGCUGUAAAAAGAUUUCUCAUGCAGGAAAAGGAUUCAUUUACUGCGGAAACUGAAAUAUAUAAGUUGCCCCGUAUGCGCCAUCCAAAUAUAUUAGAAUUUUUGGGACAUGAAAAACAUACAGAAAAAUUGCAACCAGAGUAUUGGCUUAUAUCUGCUUACCAGCAUAACGGUUCACUUUGCGACUAUUUGAAAUCCCAUACCUUGACAUGGUUGGAGUUAUGUAAAAUUGCAGAAUCGAUAGGGCAUGGUUUAAUGCACUUACAUGAGGAAAUUCCAGCAACUAAAACGGAAGGAUUAAAACCGUCCAUUGCUCAUAGAGAUUUUAAAUCGAAAAAUGUUUUACUUAAAGCUGAUUUAACUGCUUGCAUUGCUGAUUUUGGUUUGGCAAUGAUAUUUCAACCUGGUAAACCUUGUGGCGAUACGCAUGGACAAGUUGGUACAAGACGUUAUAUGGCACCAGAAGUAUUGGAAGGAGCUAUUAAUUUUAAUCGAGAUGCUUUUUUGCGUAUUGAUGUGUACGCUUGUGGGUUGGUGCUAUGGGAAAUGGUAUCCCGCUGUGAUAUUGUGGGUCCUGUAGGUGAUUUUCAGUUGCCAUUUGAAGCAGAGCUUGGUCAGCGUCCAACUUUGGAUGAAGUACAAGAAAACGUUGUUGCAAAAAAAUUAAGACCGCGCAUUUUAGAUUCAUGGCGCUUGCAUCCAGGUUUAAGCAUAUUUUGCGAUACUAUGGAAGAGUGCUGGGAUCAUGAUGCGGAAGCACGAUUAUCUUCAUCAUGCGUUAUGGAGCGUUUCUCCCAAAUUAAUAAGUAUCCAACAACACAAUUACUUAUUGAAAAUAAUACGACAUGCGACGAUGCAAAGGAAACGACGAAUUGUUUAUAGAAAAGGUAUUAAAUCACUCUGUUCACGGAGUGAUUUAGUAAGGAAUUUUAGUGUAGUUGUUGUAUACACAUUUAAAUAGAUUUUUAAAACAAUUUAAUUAAGUUUUUUCUGUAAGA